AUGUAUCCGAACUUCGGAUUCCUCUAUCUAUGUCGCCGCCUUGAUAAAGAGUGCUAUUUUCGGGCCGCUCGACCUCGUUACAACCCCGAUAAGAAGGGGACACGAGUCGAGGCUCUCGAAGCCAAAGUGGAUCAGCUCUUAGCGCGAGUCGUUAAUAGCCAGCACACUAAACACCAGCCUGAUGUUCCUUUAGCCCUGUCUGACCCGGAACUUCAUUCCAUCCCAGAUAACCCCCGAGAUGUUAUUGAUCGCGGGAUUGUGAGAUUUGAUGAUGCCGUCACUCUUCUUGAAUCUUUUCGGGAAACCUUGAUGCCAUGUUUUCCAUUUAUCUAUAUCGCACCGGAAGUGACGCUUGCUCAGCUGCGAGCGGAGAAACCGCUUCUCUUGCUGGCUAUCCUCAAGGGCUCAUCAUACAAAAAUGCAGCCACUCAGCAGAUAUUGGAAGAAACAUUCCAAACAGCAGUUGCUGAUCAGAUGAUCUUCGCCCAUAAUCCAUCCAUGGACGUAUUGCUAGGACUCCUUGUGGCUUUGGCAUGGUUACAGCAUCAGUCUCAGCAUGAAAGAUUUUCCAGCUACCUUCAUCUUGCUUGGAGUAUAGUCGGUGAUUUGCGGCUUGACCGGUUGUCGGAAACCCAAUCAUUCUAUUCACGGAUGGCUAUGAGCAAGGUCUCUUCAGAUGAAAACAGUAGUAGACACUCGGUGAACGAGGGAAGACGAGCUCUGAUUGGAUGUUACGUGCUAUCCUCAUCUCGCUCGACAAUAUUGCAAAAGGAUCGCAUGAUAACUCGGCUGUCAUAUGUUGAGAAGCAUGCACUUGAAUUACUAUCAAAUGCUGAGAUUGCCAGUGAUCGCUGCUUAAUACAAUUAGUAAAAUUACAACAAAUCUUUGAACGGAUCGAUGAUGCUGUGGUCACUACUGCGAAUCCAGUACGAGAGGUUGAUAUGCAUGCAUUCCAAACCGAAAUCAAUGAGUACAGAACGACCUUGUCGGCAACGUUUUCGAACAAUUCCCUACUACAAUUUCACCUACACACUCUACAAUUGUUCCUAUGCCAGGCUUGCUUAUUUGAUAAACAUGAAACAGCCAACUAUUCGGCUUCGUCCGCGCCUCGCUCCCAUGCAGACUCAGGGCUCUCACCACAUCUCCAAAGCGACCACCAACCGUUAGACUUAUCACCCUUCCAGGUUGAAUUUCUCAAUCGCGGCAUGACUGAAGCAAAGAAAUUCUUUGAUUACGUUUUCACAUUCGCUCCGGAUACUUUUCGACUGAUCAGCUAUACGCAAUGGCUGCAAACAGGUUUUAACUUGGUCCUAGGCUGCAAACUGGCCGUCACGGGGGCAAAAUACGCCCCACGCAAUCCACAUGUUCGUGCCCUAUGCUCGGCUUUGGAUAUGCCACACAUUCUGCGGGCCGUGUUGCAAAGGAUCCAAUGGCUCAGCAAGGACAGAGGGACUGUAGAUGGGAAACAGCACUCCAAAUACUUCUACGAGGCAUGGCUGUGGCAUAUUCUUGAAUGGUUCGAGCAAAAGUAUCACCUGGUGCCCUCUGAAGAUACGACCCAAAUACCUACAGGAUUACCCGAUGGCGGCCUCGGGCCGUCUACUUUGGCCAACAGCGCAACCUCGCAGGAUGUCCCCCUGAUGGGUGAAAAUUAUGGCGCCACACAAGUAGCACAGGUAGAUGAUACUGCCUUAUGGCCGGACUUCCUCUGGAACAUAAGCACGGAUGACAUACUCAAUGGGUAUAUGGGGUUUCCGGAUAUGCCGUAUCCCACAUUACAGCCUGGAUAUGACGUGCCACUGCCAUGA